GAUUAGGUUUUUGGUCUCUCUUAAAACACUCUCCAUUGCGGCUAGGGUUUUGAGGUAUCUCUGUCGAGUGACCUAACUUAUUGGUUUACGCAGAUCUGUAUCAAUGGCGGUGAUGUUAAGCUAGGGUUUGUUGGUCGCCUUCGGAGUUUUAAGCUAGGGUUUUGUUUUGUGGUUGGAGGGUACAAUCAGAAAUGGCGACCAUGAACCCUUUCGACCUAUUGGGAGACGACGAUAGCGAGGACCCCUCGCAGCUGAUCGCAGCUCAGAAGAUCGUGCCGAAGAAGGCCCUGGCUCCCACUCAAGCGGCGGCUCCCGCUCAGCAGGCCAAGCCGGCCAAGCUGCCCUCCAAGCCUGUGCCUCCAGCUCAGGCCGUGAGGGAGGGAAAGAACGAAUCUGGGCGUGGAGGUGGUCGUGGUGGACGUGGAUAUGGGCGUGGUCGUGGUGGAGGUGGAUUUAAUCGAGACUAUGCUAACAAUGAGAACUCCUUCAGCAACAUGGGAGUUGCUGGUGGUCAAGGUGCCCCUGAAGACGGAGAAGGUGGAAAACCCUCUGAAAGGCGUAACUAUGGGGGGCCUCGUCCUCCUUUCCGCGGCCGCCGUGGUGGCUUCAGUAAUGGAGAAGCAGGGGAUGGGGACCGCCCCCGUAGGGCAUUUGAACGUCGUAGUGGGACUGGUCGUGGAAAUGAGCUCAAACGAGAAGGGUCUGGCCGUGGGAAUUGGGGAACUGAGACUGAUGAGCUAUCUGGGGUCACUGAGGAAGUUGUCAAUGAAGGUGAGAAGAAUUUGGGGGCUGAGAAGCCUGUAGGGGAAGAAGAUGUGGCAGAUGGCAACAAGGAGAAUCCUGUGAAUGAACCUGAAGAAAAGGAACCUGAGGAAAAGGAGAUGACACUUGAGGAGUAUGAGAAGGUGCUGGAAGAAAGGAGGAAGGCUCUGCAGACACUUAAGGCUGAGGAAAGAAAAGUGGAUGUUGAUAAAGAGUUCAAGUCCAUGCAACAGCUUUCAAGCAAGAAGGGGAAUGAUGACAUCUUCAUCAAAUUGGGCUCUGAUAAGGAUAAGCGGAAAGAGGCUGCUGAGAAGGAAGAGAGAGCCAAGAAGGCUGUCAGCAUUAAUGAGUUCUUGAAGCCUGCUGAAGGGGAGAGGUUCUACAGCCCAGGUGGUCGUGGUCGAGGGCGUGGUCGUGGUUCUAGAGGUGGGUAUGGUGGAGGCAAUACAAUGAGCAAUGUGGCAGCCCCUUCCAUUGAAGAUCCAGGACAGUUCCCAACCUUAGGUGCCAAGUGAGAUUUUGUCUUACCCCCCACUUCCAAUCUCUCUUUGGUUUUUCCUUUCCUUGGGCUUCUGUCCUUCAAUCUUGAGCGGGAAAUUGACUAGAAUAAUGGGGUUUCCUGUAUCAAAAAGAUCUCUUAAAUUUUAUGCCUUAAAAAUGUAAAUUUCAGGUGUUUCAUGCGUUCCCCUGUAGUUUUUCGUUUUUAAGUGGUAUGCUGUGUUUUCUUUCUUUCUUUUCCUCUUAUUAUUGGCCGUUUUGAGAAUUUGGGGCAUGUGAAACAAUUUAUUUAUGACUAGAAAUUGAUGUUGCUCAGUUUUGUUUCUGGAAUAGAUGGGACGCGAUUUUGCUUAUUUCUGAA